AUGCUGCUGCGCGAUGCCAUCUUCGAGCAGAUGACGCUCACUGACUGGCACAGUGGCCUACGGCCCAAGGUCGACGGCACCUGGAAUCUGCAUACCGAGUUCGCGGCACCAGGCUCACUCGACUUCUUCGUCAUGCUGUCGUCCGUCUCUGGAGUGCUAGGCAUUCCCUCGCAGACCAACUAUGCUGCUGGCGGCGCCUAUGAAGAUGCCAUGGCACACUGGCGCCAGUCCAAGGGGUUGCCGGGCGUCUCUAUCGACCUGGGCCCUAUAUCAGAUGUCGGCUACGUCGCCCAGACUGCCACCGUUGCCGAGCGACUGCGCAAGUCUGUUGACUAUAACAUGCUGGACGAGACCACCGUCCUGCGCGCGCUGGCUGCUGCUGUUGCCCAUCCGAUUGGAGGCCGCCGCCAGAUUAUUAUCGGCUUCAACACGGCGCCAGGCCCCCAGUGGGAUGCCAACGGCGGCUCACAACUCGGACGAGAGGCUAGCUAUAGGCAUCUCAAGCGCCAGUCUAAGCUAUCGCGUGCACCAGCGGCAGCUAAGGGAGACAUAGCUGGUGCCGGCCUUUCACUUGCUGCACAGCUGGGCGAUGUAAGCUCGCACGACGAUGCCGCUCUCCUCGUCGGUGCUACCAUUGCUGCCGAAUUGGCUGAUAUCUUCAUGAUCGAUGUGGCAGAGAUUGAUCUUGGAAAGACGCCAGCCACGUAUGGAGUCGAUUCGCUCAUCGCCGUCGAGCUGCGCAAUAUGCUAGUUCUGCAGGCAGCUGCCGACGUCUCCAUCUUCAAUAUACUGCAGAGCGCCUCCCUUGCUGCUCUGGCCGCGGAAGUAGCUGUAAAGAGCUGCCAUGUUGAGGUUGCUGCUUGA